AUGAGUUAUCAACACUCAACACAAAAACGGUUUUGGAUGUUUGAGAACUCGAGACAGGUGUCGGAACGCUUCGAAGAAAUUAACAAGAAGGCGGGUGAUUAUUUGACCGUCGAAGAGAACCAAAUGAUUGUCGACUACUACGCAAAGCAGAUGUCAGUGAUCAGGAAGAAGACGGGGAUGCCAUUCAACGUCUUGUUCACUUGCUUGUUACUUUACAAACAUUUUUACAUCACGCAAAGCGCUCAAUUAUUUCAUCCGAAACACAUAAUGAUCGCGUGUCUCUGUCUUGGGCGGAAGCUUGAGGAGUUUCGAUUUGAAGGGGAAGACUCCGUUACAAUUCGGUAUAUGUGCAACUUGAUAGUCGACAGUGGUGCGCUCAAGAUGGAUAAGAACGAGAUGUGUAGCAUCGCGAUUAUCUAUGAGAUAGUCAUCAUGGAGGUCUUGCAUUUUCAAAUUGGUAAAUUCAACGCUGCUGAUGGGUUUCAAGGUUUCAUGGAGGCGAUGGUCUUGUGGAAAAAGGUCGACAAUGAGAGUAAAAUGGAGGGAGAAGGACAAGACAAGGGGGAGAAUAUCUUCAUGCGAAAAUUCUUUGAGACGAAGAAUGAAGUGUCGAGCUACCAACCGGAGUAUUUAGCUGACGCACUUUCAUUUCUGAAAUUGGUGUAUUUAUCGGACGCGCCAUUUUUGUAUUCGCCAUCGAUUAUAGCACUCGCAACACAUUACGAUCAAACAAAAAAGGACGAAGAGUUUGAGAAUGAAUUCAAACAGUUUGUGAGUAAUUUGGAGAAGGAAAAAAAUGUCGACAUCCCAAUCACCACACUGGAGGCGGUGAUUAAUUUGGCGCAAGAGGUUGUGGAAGUAACGUCGGCGGCGGUUAAACCCGUGUUUGUGAAGCUGAACAAAAUCACUAAACUCUCGUUGGUGGCAUGUUCUGAUGUUGACUAUAUGUCUGUUGUUAAUAAAGCGAAUGGAAAGUUCACGGUGAUGGAAAGUAGUGUGGUGAAAUGGCAUACAACAGAUAAGGCGGUCUAUCAGGUGUGGUGCCCACUUGGACCAGUCAGAGCGGAUAGAAUGUCGCCACUGAGGCAAUUGCCUCGAUUCAUGUUUGUGCAAUGCGUCGUGCUAACUAUUGUAUUUGAUGCGUCAAGUAAAAAAAGUUUUGAAGACUUCAAAGGGUGGAUUGGAAUUGCUGAACGGAUUGGAACACCACGUGUUGUUGUGAUUGGCAUCCAUUCGGAAGAGAAGUCGCCUGUUACACAAGAAGAAUUGAAGUCUGCAUUGACUUCUUUGAUGUCGAACAGUUUGUAUCUUGAAUACUUGGGGUGGAAUAAUACUACGUCGACAUUCCAAGACUAUUUGAAUGUGGUUCAGAGAGUACUUUCGAAGAAGUUCAAUUGA